AUGCCGGAAAUAGUCGAUUGGCUGAUCGACUAUCGAGUGUUAACGGUGAUACGGCAUUCCAUGGCUCCUCAGCUCCUGUUCGAGGUACUGGCUCGUACCAGGCCCACUUUGUUCAUCGUUAUUCCUGACAUUUACGACGAGGUGGGCGAGCAGCUAAAGAAGUUUGGCUCUGGACUGGACACCGAAUGUUUGGGAGGUGGAAGAAUCGAUCACGACGCUGCGAAAAAAAACAUCAAAGUGUACGGAUAUUCCCAGGGAUUCGGAAAAGCUGAUCAUAGAGUAUCGGUCGGCUUGUUGAAGAAAAAGUAUCCCGAUUACGAAAUUACAUGGAGCGACGAGGGCUAUUGA